GAUGGUAUAUACAGUGAGGCAGCGCUGUGGACGGCAAUUGGCCAUUGAGGCUCCCACUGAUGCUGAUGUAGUGAGCACUGUUCCAGAAUCAGCCACACCUGCAGCAUUAGGAUACGCACAACAAUCUGGCCUUCCAUAUGUAGAGGUGCUGUGUAAGAACCGCUACGUGGGCAGAACGUUCAUUCAACCAAACACUCGCCUACGUCAGCUUGGAGUUGCCAAGAAGUUUGGGGCGUUGACUGAUAACUUUGCUGGCAAACGAGUGGUGCUUAUCGAUGAUUCCAUUGUGCGGGGCAACACCAUCUCCCCUAUUAUUAAACUGCUGAAGGAAGCAGGUGCAACAGAGGUCCACAUUCGAGUUGCAUCACCUCCAAUCCGGUUCCCAUGCUACAUGGGCAUUAACAUUCCUACCAAAGAGGAGCUAAUUGCUAAUAAACCAGAGUUUGAGGAUAUAGCGGGUUACAUUGGUGCUACAAGUGUCCGUUAUCUGUCAGUUGAAGGCCUGGUAUCUGCUGUUCAAGGUGGGAUAGAGUCACAUGGGAAAGAUGAGAGGAUCAGCACUAAGUCUAGUAGAUUUGGUCAUUGUACAGCCUGCCUCACAGGAAAAUACCCAGUGGAGCUGGAGUGGUGAAUUUCGGCCCACAUAAAUGUAUAUUCAUUUCUGUAUAGAAUAGUUUUUUUUUUUGUUUGUUUCUUUUGAAAUCAUUUGUUA